GUCCAGGUAGCCAAAGAAAGGUGAUUGUAAGAGCUAUCUCUUAGGAGCGCUAUUGUUGCUGGGAGAUGUAUCUAGAAGCAUCCUGGGUGCGAGUGUAAAAGAAAAUGAGUCUGUAGAGACUACAAUUACCACAAUGCACUGGGCUGUUCAGGGACUGACCUUUAAAACGUACAAGAGUGAAAAGGAAUUCUCCUGCUGGCAGGAUGAGGGAGAGUCGGCUGAAUGUAUCGUGAGAAGUGUGUUCUGCAGUCUCAGCGGGCCAGGAUUUUGCACUGGCAGAUGUGACAAAAGCAAUUUAAGAUUAUGAGGAAGGAAUGUGUACUUCAUAAUUUCCUGUGUGCUGUGAGAAAGCAAGUGAAGGAGGUCUGCAGUUUGGGAUGAACAUGGCUUGAUUUGAGAAUUUAUCCUCUACGGUGCACAUUGAUUCAGGACUGCACAAGAUGUCACAGAGUGAGGCAACGAUUUCCACUGGCACCUUAUCUUUACCAGAAAAUCAAGAUUCUCAAAGGUCUGCUAGUCCUGCCCCCACACUUAUCCAAGGCACCGAGCCAGGGGCUAGUCAGGAUGAAGCAAUGUUUGUUCAUGCUCAGUCCUAUGAAGAUCUUACUGGAGAAGAGGAAGGCGCUGUCCCUGGGAGCCCAGGUGUGGAGGGUGCAGUGGAGUCCAGUAGCAUGGAACAAAUAAGCGAGGACUUUAGCAAGCUCAGCACCAAAUUAAGUUCUUCGGAUCAGGAGACACAGAACUCAGAAGUCCGCACUGAUUUGGGCCGGAGGGAGUCUAUUCGCUCUACAGGCCAAGAGGAAAAUGAAGAGGGUGGACUUAGGGCUCUGGAAGCCUGGUACAACCACCAGAAACAUGUAUUUGUGCUGAGUGAGGCAGGGAAGCCAAUAUACUCUCGCUAUCAUUCAGAAGAAGCCCUCUCCAGCAUUUCAGGAGUCAUGAUGGCUCUUGUGUCCUUUCUGGAGACUGAGAAGAAUGCAAUCCGCUCCAUACAUGCAGAUGCAUACAAGGUGGUGUUUGUUCGCCGCUCCCCCCUUGUCUUGGUUUCUGUGUCUCACACACGGCAGUCAGAACAGGAGAUUGCUCAGGAACUACUCUAUGUUUACUACCAGAUACUCAGCCUUCUUACGGGGACUCAGCUUCACCAUCUUUUUCAACAAAGACCCAGUUAUGAUCUGCGCCGUCUUCUCUCGGGGUCUGAACGUAUCACAGACAGUCUACUAGACUUAAUGGAUAUUGACCCAAGCUUUCUUCUCGGAGCAGUGCGCUGCUUGCCUAUUGUAUCAGGGGCAAGAGACGCUUCUAGUUCUUGCCUCCAGCAAGCUAAGGCCAAAAGCUUAGUAUUCUCAAUCCUGAUGUCUAGGAACCAACUCAUAAGUUUAGUUAGAAGGAAAGAGCAUUACCUUCAUCAUAUUGACCUUCACUUGCUGUUCAACCUUGUCACCUCCUCCAGUUCAUUUAAAGAAGGAGAAGCAUGGACUCCAGUUUGUCUGCCAAAAUUCAAUUCUUCUGGAUUCUUCCAUGCCCAUAUCUCCUAUUUAAGCCAUGAUCCUGAACUUUGCCUGCUUCUGAUCUCCACUGACCGAGAGGACUUCUUUACAGUAUCUGACUGCAAAAGGAGGAUUGUUGAGCGCAUGGAGAAGCGAGGAUGUUGGGGCUCAUUACGAGAGGCUUUAAGAAGUCCCUUUUACUCUGUUGCCCAGGUUGAUAUCCCAGAACUUCGUCACUUUCUUUACAAAUCAAAAAGUUCUGGCCUCUUCACAUGUCCAGCAAUGGAUGUUCCCUAUGACACAGAUGAGGAAAGAAGGCGACUGCUGGCUCUCUAUCAGUACCUCCACAGCAAAGCUCACUGCAGUUCCCAUCAUCUUACUACUAUUUAUCACAUGGGAACCAAUGAGAAUAUACUGACUUGGGUAACAGAUGCAUUUGAACUCUACGUUUGUUUCAGCCCUUUGGCCACCAAAUCAAUAGCUACCACUGGUGUCUCUCGCCUAUUGCGCUGGAUUCGCAAAGAGGAGGACCGGCUUUUUAUUCUGAGUUCCCCUACCUACUGAUACUACUUUUUCCAAAUGCUGUUUUUUUUUUUUUUCAACUUUCAUGAAUGAAAUAGAAAAAAGGGUUUUCUCUGUAAUCCAAAAGGAGGUAAGGGGUUACCCAUUAAGUUAAAAACACAUUCCUUCAGAUUAGGGUUACCAGAUCAUUUGAAAAUUCAGGGACACAUCUAAUAAAUGUAUGUUGCGUGGCUGUACUUUUUGCAUUCCAAUGAAAUUGCAGUGAGUGCAGCCCUUCUACAUAGAUUUUCUUUACAUGUAUGAAUUUUUGGGUAACCCUACUCAUGAUGGGCAAGGAGCCAUGUUAAUUUACUGUACCAGGAGACCACCUUCUGUGAAUGGAAAUGUGUAAGUUUGGCACUGCUGCGGAACUACUGCUCCCUUUGCCCAAACUGUAGUUCAGUAACAGCAGUGCCUUUCCCUUCUUCUACCUCAGAUACAUCAUAGAGAAACACCCAGAUACUAUAGUUGUUUCCUGCCAGAAAGAAAAUACUAUCCAUGCCCCUUGUCCAUUAUUGACUUGUUUAUCCUUAUGAUUGUCUGGCCUUUUUGCUUUCUGUGGGAAUAUAUAGCUGCUUCCUCCCAGCAUUCCGGGUUCCAUGUCUAGCUGAGAAAAGCAGACACAGCACUGGUGUCUCAAAUUGCAUUUUCUACACUAGAAGGCACUGGCAAUUCCCUGACAUGGAAGAGGUUGGGCCAAAACAGCGGCUGCUGAUUUUCCUGUAUGAAAUACAUUCCAGUAUCAUUAACUAAUUAGUAAGGCUAUCCCUUAGGCCAUAUGGGCUCAAAACCUUCUGUGAUAAAACCAAAGAAAAGAAUGGCAUUUAAUGGACUGUAUAUAUCUCCAUGUGCAGCAUGUAAAAGCAAAAGCCCAGUAUUAAGAUGUUAAAUAAAAGCUCUGUUUUUCUUUUUAAA